AUGCCUAACCCUACCUACCCCGGCUACCUUCGAAAUCCUUCUCGAAUUCCAGAUGUAAAAUCUCCAUUAGACAAAGGUUCUUCCCCAAAUACCCCAACUCGCAUUACGAUACCCCCUUCCAGUGUGUUUGAUCAGGCUGCCGAGAUAGAACGGUUACCAGCGGCAAACUAUUCUUCAUCCUCUAAUUCGCAGGAUGUCGACGAAGCCUUGCUAGAAGAAUCAUAUGUACCGCCUGUGGACGAAGGUUUAGAUGACCUUUGGGAGACGUUGAGACAGAAGAAGGAGCUGAAGAUGGCGAAGGAAACACCGAAAGUGCGGUCUCUUCAGGAGCAACCGGUUGAAGAGGAGUUCUCUCAUAUAGAGGCUCCAGACCUCGACGUACCGGUGGGUACUCAGAGAUCGGAGACGCUCAGAAGACAGAAAUCGAUGUGCGUGCACCAAACUUCAUUCCGCGAGUCGCCUGAUGGCAGAAUCAUCGCUGCCUUCAUUGAGAUGCGAGGCGUGCAGAAACAAGACGUCCACGUCAGCUAUUCGCGCAAUCGUCUGGUCAUCUCAUGGAAAUCCGUGGAGAUAUCAGAGUAUGAAGAGAACGGUCGUGUCAUUCGAGAAAGACUCGAGCGUGACUUUCAAAGAGUUCAUCCUCUCCCAGAGGGCACCAGGUUUGAAGAAAUCAGUGGAGUGAUGAAUGGUAGAUUUUUGGUACUACGUUACCCGAACAGCAGAUCUUUCAGAGUUGAGAACAUUCCAAGUUCAGUCAUCUCAUGA